AUGGUCAAGCUUGGUGUCUACUCGGCCCUCAUCUGGGCCGCCGGCCUUGUUUCGGCCGCGGCCACGCCGGCCCCUCUUGUCGAAGUCCGGACACGGAACCUGCCCGGCACAUCGGACGAGCAUACCCGUCAUCUCAUCUGGCGCCGUCUCGCGGACUUGGCACGCACGCGACGACAGAAUGUCUUCGAGAACAGCGCAAGCCUUGACAAGAGCUGGAAUGAUGCGACUGUGUUCAGCUAUUCCUAUGAAGCCGACACGGCUGGCACGAAGCUCGAAAACCUCACAGCCGAGUUCAGUAUUGAAGUCAAGUGUGUGACAUGCUACUUCAAAGCCGGCGCCACUGCCCAGUUGACCAUCGGGGGAGACUUCGACAUCGGAGACACAAUCCGCAAUGUCACUGGACAAGUCAAGGAUGAGCUGGGCGAUCUAGUCCGAACUACAGUGGAGAGCAUUGACGAUGCCAUCAACUUGGAUGAGCUUAAGCAAUUGGUCGGUCCCGGCGACUUCGAAAUGGACGAGUUCAUUGAUUUCAGCAACGUCAGUAUCGAUACUGAUAUUGACAUUAACUUUCCCCCGCUCCCGGAAGUUCAACUACUGUUCCAGAUCGAUCACAUGGAUUUGUACAUGGAAAUGGACACGACCAUUGCCGCCGGCGUUACGUUGACCAUCCCGUUGUACAAAUCACAAACAGCUUUCGGAAUCACCUUGAUGGAUGGGCUCGAGGCGGGCGUUUUCGUGACCCUGGAUUUGAUCCUCAGCGUGGAAGGCGAGAUCACCAUUCGCUCGGGAUUCCAUCUGCUCCUCGAUGACCCCGUCGGUUUCAAGCUUGCUUUGUUCGGCCAGAAUGUGUCCGACGUCAUCUUUGUAGCCGAGUUCCUCACCAACAUCACUGGCGGCGCCGAGCUAGCCGCUCAGGAGGGCUGCGCGCUGAAAAUCGUCCAAGAGUACACCCUCGCGGUCGGCGCGGCCGCCGGCGCCACCGUCGCCGUGGGCCCACACACCUGGGGCCUGGAACCCAACACGACCAUCCCGCUCUUCUACACCACCCUGGCCGACAUCUGCGCCAUCACCGCCGACGCCACCCCCACGCCCACCGCCGCCGUGGCCGCCCGCCAGGAGGAGGACGACCCCAACCUGGAGACCCACACCCUCACCACCAAGGUCCUGUACACGGGCAUCAGCUGCGCCUCCCCCGGCCUGCCCGCCUGCCCGCAGUCCCUGCAGUCCACCACCCUCCGCACCUCGACCCAGACCCACGUCACGGCCGUGCCAUCGGGCGUCACGCCCACCUUCCCGGCCUCGACGGCCCUCUCCGUCGCCAGCACCAUCCCCUUCGGCAAGCAGGUCAACAAGCUGGCUGCGACUAGUGGCGCGCCGGUUAGUUACGUUCCGCCGCCGCCGCCGCCGACCAGCUCUGCCCGCCCCAGUGGAAAGGGCGAUGAUGACGGUGUGGGUGAUGUGCUGGAUGAUAUUGGCGAGGUGUUCCAGGGUGAGACGGGCGGGGUGUCGAAUAAGCUGAUUAUUGGGCUGAGUGUGGGGUUGGGGGUGCCGAUUCUGGCGGCGAUUAUUGCGGCGUUGGUGCAUUACCUCAAGCGGAAGAAGUACGCUCCUGUGCCCAAGUCGGAUGUGCACAAGUCGGAUAUGACCGCCGUGGAGUAUACUGGUGGAUAUGACAGUCCGAUGGCUGCCGAGAGGGAGGCCAUGGUCAAGAAAACGCCUGAUGUGGCGACCAGCGAGGUCCAGCACUAA